AUGUCUCGCUUCGACGAAUCGUUUUCGCAAGUUCAGGUUGGCCUCAACUCCCCCGAGUCAGAGAGUUCGUUUAUCGGUAAUUACUCUGUUUUCAAGUUAAUUUCAGAGGACGUUUCUGGGAGUGUUUUUUCGACUCGUCGACGCACACACGAACCACGUUUACGGUCCAAUUUUCAAGACGAGGUUGGUGGACCUAUCGAACACUACAGUUUCUCGGAUUAUUUAUCGCUCAUAUCAAACAAACCUGAGUUGAUUGAUAGCCACGUCAUACUUUUACUUUUUGAGUAUUUAGCGAAAGGGUCGUAUGCUGUUUUUUCAAAAUUCAUAGUCCAACAACUUCCACAUCUAGAUGAAUUCACAAUAUACGUGUUAACACAAUGUGUUCAUGAAGACGCGGGAUUCAGAACGUAUCUGAAAUUGAAUACUGGGCUGAAUGAUUUGUUUAUUUUGUCAAUGCAACAAUACAACCGCGCACUGUUUUUGUUUUAUCUUGAAGUCAAACUGUUUCCAGACGAGGAUUUGAAUGACGCAGCAAAGCAGUUUGUACACGCGUUAAAGGAACAAACAAACGAAAAGAGGUUUGCAUUUGUGACGAUGUUUUUCCAGCAAAUGAUUGUGCACACAAAACUUAAUGGACAAAACAUCGUCGAUUUUAUUGUUGUGUUGUUAGACAAAUAUUUCAACGAAGAGAACUUACUCCCUGGAGUUAUUCAAUCGUUGUUAUUUCUCUCCGAAAGCACUAAACAAAUAUUCGUACAGACGCUGAAUAACUUUCGCCUCGAAAAGGAACUGACACUCGACCAACAACACUUCAUUCAAUUUUUAAUCGACAAUACACAACCAAAAGAUUAUCAAUAUGAAAGCAUGGUAUAUCACACGGACUUGGAAUUUAUCAUAUCAAAGAUCGAGUUCUUCUAUCAAAAGCACAAAGACAGACAAAUCAUAUAUGUUGGUGGGUUCGAACAACUCCCACUUGGGAUCACACAAAUGUUUAAUUUGCUCCAAUUGUUGUUGACGCGGAUCGAUUUUAAUCAUUCGAAAACGUUAGAAGUUAUGACGGUGGUACUCAAUAAUUUGAUUGGAUUAACGGCACCACUUUCUUCGGACUUUUUGAAGACGCAAAGCUACAUUACUGUGUUGUUUGAAAUAAUCAGUCAGGUAUCGGAGAUCAAACCGGAGAACUACACUGUACUCUACGAAAUGAGAGAAGUCAUUUUGACGGACUUGUUGUUGAUAAACAAUUUGGUGCUUGUGUUCAACCAAUUUCAGAUGAACGCCCAUUCAAUGCUGAUGGAUGUCUUUCCGAAAAUCCGUGAUGACUUGACGUGUUUUUCAAUGUGUGUUUGCUGUUUCUCGACAUUCAAUUAUUAUUCCCCGAUAUUUUCAAACGACACUGUCGAGCUUCUUAUAUAUCAAGCGCUGGAUAUGUUCUUUGAAGUGGACAAAUUCUCGAUUAACAUUUCUCUUCCACUUUGCUUAUUCAAAAGACCUCCAACGAAAAUGAUCUGUUUGAACGCACAGGCGGACGCAUUAACUCCAACACAGAGGUGUCUCGAGCUUGCAUUUAAUUACUCAAAUUUUCUUCGCAUCUUCUUCAACAUAUUGGCAAAAGCGCAAGAUGAUAUUGAUGCGAUCUGUGUUGCCGACAGAGUGCAGAGGAAAGUGUUAGUCAAAUACGUUGAAGAGAGGAAUCCGUUGUUUGUGCUUGAUUAUGUGUUGUCUUGUAUUGAACUUUCUCAACAGGUUUUGAAUGUGUUACAUCGGAAAAGUGAUCAAAUUCAAUACAAAGGGUUGGUCAACAACGCUCUAUUUUUGUUAGACAAAAUAUUGCGAACAGUUUCAUUGCCGUUCACAGAAAACGUCGUGUUUAAACAAUCAGUCAAACAACUCAAUCAGAGACUUGAAGAUUGUCGAUCAAUUCCUGUUGUCGAUGAAAUCAUUAAAACAGUUUCGAUGAAAUUCAAAAUUCCAGAGAAGCAACCACCUGUCGAUUUGUUUGCAAAGAUGAAAUCUGAUAUUGAUAAAAAGAAGGACAACUGA